AAUUAAAAUAAACAAAGAAACUGGACAACUGCUAUUACUCAGAAGUAGUUAUCCCAUGGUUAUGAUGAUUCAUUCUUGAUAAUUAUAUCAUCUAGUUGUUAUCCUAUAUUUAAUGUACAAACCCAAAGAAUUUAUCUCAUAUUUACUGAUAUUUACAUCUAUAUUGUUUUAAAUUCACAACAGUAUCAAAUAGGAAGUAGGUAAGGAUUGAAAACAAAUUCAUAUAACUUUACGCCUGAAAAAUAACAUUUAUAUGUGCACUUUUCAUCCUUAUAAGAAAAUGAGGUGAUAGUUCAGUUAAAUUUAUUCUUUUAUAUAGAUAUCCUUCAAACAUGGACCGGUUCAAAUUAGAAAAAUUUAGGACUCUUAUAGAGAUACCUUCCUUUUUAUCAUUAUUCAGUGUAAUGGUUCAAUUACCUGUUUUCACAAAUCUUGUUAUAUACCGAACUUGCUAUGUUACCCUAGGGUAUGAUAAAUCUGAAUGUGCACUAUUAGGAACAGGACAUAAAGAUAAUCUCACAGAUAAUUUAACACAGUUGGUGGAACCAGAUGCAAAUUACUUGAUACUCUAUAUACAAUUGCCUUCUGGAUUUGUAUCUUCCCUUAUGGGAUUAUAUAUAGGAUCAUGGUCCGAUAAGAAUGGAAGGAAACCUGUACUUCUUUUGACUCUUGGAGCACAAGCUUUAGCUUCUGCUAUGACAGCUUUUUACUGCUUAUUCCCGAACAUGUCACCCUGGUUUCUGUUAGCAACUUGCAUACCGGCAAUGGUGACUGGCGGUUUUGCAGCAAUGUUGACCCUAUAUCUAAGUUUCAUCACUGAUAUUACUGAUGAACAUACUAGAGGUACAAGAUUAGGGUCAUUUGAAAUUACUUUUGCUUUGGGUUCUUUGCUUGGAACAUUAGCAAGCUCUUAUAUAUUUAAAGCAAUUGGUUAUGCUGGCGUUUUCUUAGUUUCGACAGGAUUCAUGUUAGCUGCUUUGUGCUACACACUUUUUAUUAUGAAGGAAACGCUGUCCCAAAGUCAAAUGGAGAUGUUGAGUGAUGAACAUGAGCAAUCUUUCACACAACAGCUGAAAUCCAUGACAGCGUGUGCCUUGAAAAGACGUCCUCGAUAUGAUAGGGCAUUAAUUUUAUUGUGCAUAGUGAUAACAUCACUGUUUGUUUUCGCACUGCUAUCAGAUUUGGGAGUGGUCCAGCUAUUCCUACAGACGAAGUUUUCAUGGUCCAUGACACAAUUUACCAUCUUCUCCAGCUCAAAGGACUUUUUGAGUAUUAUUGGUACAUUCGUUGGAAUUUACGGACUGCACACAAAACUGGCUGUGACCGAGUCAGUUAUGAUUUUAGUAGGACUAAUAUCUAGUUUUAGUUCCGCAUUGGUACAGGGACUUGCUGAUGUUGACGCUGAUAUCUAUUUCGCUGGAGUACUUAGGUUCUUAUCAGGAUGUGUGAAUCCAAUGGUUAGAUCUCUCAUUUCCAAAGUAGCCCAGCCGGAUGAAAUUGGUAAAAUUUUCUCAGUGUCGGUUAUGUGCCAGAGUAUCUUACUUCUUGUGGGUUCACCAUUAUUUACUGAGGUUUACAAUGAAAGUCUGAGUACAUGGCCCUCACUAUACAAUUUUGUGACUGCUGGAAUUUAUUUUAGUGCUAUAAUCUUAACAAUAAUUUUGAUAAUUAUCCGUGUGAAGUCUGCAGAAGAACCGAAGUUUGCAGUUUUUCAAGAUGAGACAGCUACACCUUCUGAGUUAUUUGAUGAUGUUAACUCAAACACAAAUGCUUAGAGAAUAUAUUUUAAUUUAAUGAAAAGGAUAAAUUCACGCAGUAUCAGUCAACAAGUAAAAUGAAUUUAGUUCAAUUUCCCAUUUUUCAAGAAGUGUAUCAAGAUAUUUGGUAAUUGAUAUUUUGCGUUUUAACUUAUUUGACUAGAUUUUCUCUUUUAUUCAGAAAUAUGUUCCUAGAUUAGUUCAUUGUGUGAUUAAACCUGUCUUAAUUUAUUUCAAAACAAAUAAUUUAUUGUCAUAAGGAUUUUUAUUUAGUGUACUUAACUCAUAUAUGUAUAUUAGGGUAAAUUUGAACUAAUCGGUAUUAACUUUGAAGUCAGUUUUACAUUGUUUUUUACUUUUUAGGUUAGGUGGAUUGAUUGUAUCCAGUCUAUUACUUUUGAUUGAUUCUGCGUGAAUUUCUCUCAUAUACUAAUAUAAAAAUAUUUUAAAACUUUUAAAGAAUGUGAUAAUGACACUGAAUCAAAAUCAGAUAUGCCUGACAUGGUUUUCUUAUUUCUUGUAGCUUUUUGUGACUCCAAGAAAAAUAUUUUAGUCUCUUAAGAUUUUGGAAUCUCAUAUUGAUGUGGAACACGAAUAUUAUUCGAAUAUAUAUGAAUUUUUCAUUUAACAGAUAUUAGAUUAGAGUUAAGUUUGAUCACUUUACAUUUUACAAAUUUUAGUAUUGAACACACUGAAAAAAAAGAAUGGACCAAAACAUAAUUAAACACUUUGCUGAUAUUGUAUGUACAUAAUUUACAUAUAUAUUUAAUUAAAAAAACCUAUUUUUCUAUUAUGAGUAGUUUGAUAAGUAAGUGUAACUGUAAUAUUUUUAACCAAGAAUUUUAUAUUUUUAAUUAAUAAAACAUGUUACACAUA